ACCGCUGUGCCCGUCCGCUCUCUCUCUCGCCCGGCGGCGCGCGGGCGAUGCGACCGAUCCUCUGGGGACAGGCUGACGGCUCUGCCGGCGGCACCGCUUCGGCUCUUCUCGCGCCGGGUUUCUGGCGGAGUCGCCAUUCCCUGGGAGCGGGAGACGGGCAGCCGACGCUCGGAGCGCAGCACUCCCGGGGCCGGCGGCAGCUGCAGCGCUCAGGUCCGCGCGGCCGGGAGCAGCCUUAGUCUUCAUCGCCGCCGCCGCCCGGCCGUGCGCUCUGGCCGGUGCCGGGCAACGGGCACGACUGAGCCCAGGAGGAUCGUGCAGAGUGGCAGCGAUUGGUCCUGCAUCCGCCACUGUCACCGGCCACUGCGGGGUUAGCAGGGCUGCGUGCAGCCGGAGUUUGCUGGGGUUGCCUCCGAGCGUCGUCCCCCCCAAGAGGACUCUGUCUCCAGCGUCCCGGCCAAGAAGAGAGACUUUCACCAUAACAUUUGAAAGGAAUACAUUGCCAGAAGUUGGAAUACUUUUUUGAACAAACAUUUCUCCAAGGAAGCGAUUUCCAAGUGCUCUGGUCGCUCUACAGGACACAGCCCUCUACCCCCAUGCGGCUGCCUUUGAAGGACUGAUUUACUCCAUCAGCUGUGCCACUUCCUCCUCCCACCAUGGGCCCCGCAGGGAACGUGCUGAGCGGUGGACAGACGCAGAUAGUCCUGUGGGGAAGUUUGGCAGCUAUCGCCAUGUUCUUCCUCAUCGUCUUCCUCAUCUUUCUCUGCUCCAGUUGUGACAGAGAAAAGAAGCCAAGACAGCAUAGUGCGGACCAUGAGAACUUGAUGAACGCGCCUUCAGACAAGGAGAUGUUCAGCCGUUCUGUGACCAGUCUGGCAACAGAUGCUCUUGCUAGCAGUGAACAGAAUGGGGCACUCACCAAUGGUGACAUUCUUUCAGAAGACAGCACCGUGACCUGCAUGCAGCAUUAUGAGGAAGUCCAGACCUCUGCUUCAGAUCUACUAGACUCCCAGGACAGCACAGGGAAGCCAAAAUGUCAUCAGAGCAGGGAGCUGCCCAGGAUCCCCGCUGAGAGCGUGGUGGACACGAUGCUCACCACAAGGGGUGUGGAUGGGGACCAGGGGCCAAGCAUGGAAGGGCCGUAUGAGGUGCUCAAGGACAGUUCCUCCCAGGAAAACAUGGUGGAGGACUGCUUGUAUGAGACUGUGAAGGAAAUCAAGGAGAUGGCAGCAGCUGCGCCCCUGGACAAAGGCCACAGUGGCAAGUCCAAGUCUAUUUCUGCCUUGAAAGAACUUCCAGGGACCCAAUCGGAGGGCAAAGCAGAGUUUGCUGAAUAUGCCUCUGUAGACAGAAACAAAAAGGGGCGCCAGAGUGCUAACGCUGAGAGCAUCCUUGGAACGCCAUGUGAUCCUGAAGAGGAGGCCCCACCACCUGUUCCCGUUAAACUUCUGGAUGAGAAUGAAAACCUUCAGGAGAAGGAGGAGAGAGAGGCAGAAGAGCGAGCCAUGGAGGGGACCAGUGAAACCAACAAGAGAUUUAGCUCAUUGUCAUACAAGUCUCGGGAAGAAGACCCAACUCUGACAGAAGAAGAGGUAAGGGUUAUUUCUUUUUAAAUAAGUAGAGAGAAUAGAAUGUCUCCCCUUGAAAACAUAACAAAUGCACUGUAAUCUUUCCCCUUGUCUGAAACAGCUACAAUGCUCACUUAGCCUCUGUUUGAAGGUCUAGCUUUGGGAUGUUGGCUUUAUAUCUUGGGAUCAUGACUGGCACAUGGUAAGCCAAGUCUGACAUAUUGAGCAGGUCAGGAAAGUAAAAGAAACUGGAGUGAGGGAAAGAAUA